AUGAAGGAUGAUGGUCAUAUUGGAGAGCUUAGGAUAUUCAUCACCCUGUACUACGACGUGAAUGGCUCCUGCUACAGGACCUUGUGCCCCUUUGGAGUUCAAUUGGCCAUUUAUCUGCCCUGUGCCUUGGGCAUGUUGAUCGUGGUGGGGAACCUGCUUGUUGUCAUCACUGUUUCCCAUUUCAAAGCUUUGCAUACUCUCACCAACCUCCUGCUCCUCUCUCUUGCCCUUGCCAGCCUCCUCCUUGGGCUGACUGUGCUGCCCCUCAGCACCAUCUGGUCCAUAGAGAGGUGCUGGUAUUGCAGAGAUGACAUCUGCAGGCUGCAUACAUUUCUGGACACACUCUUUUGCUUGGCCUCCAUAUUUCAUCUGUGUUUCAUUUCCAUUGAUUGGCACUGUGCUAUCUGUGACCAUCUGCUCUAUCCCACCAAGUUUGCUGUAAAAGCAACCUGCAUUUACACUGAAGUGGGGUGGGCAGUGUUUAUGACUUAUACCUCUGUCUACACUAAAGUGAUUGCAGAAAGAGUGGGCCAUUUUUUGAGAGAUGUUUCCUAUGUUGCUAGCUGUCAGUUCUGGGGAUGAUUGAACAUGCCAGUGUUCUUCCAUUGCCUCAUAAUAAUAGUUUUGUACGUAAAUAUGUUUACUGUGGCUAACAAGCAAGCCAAGCUGAGAAACAAUAUGAGUAGGGGUAUUUGAUCUCAGCUACACAUAGGAACAUCCAAGAGUGAAAGGAAAGCAGUAAAGACUCUUGGGGUUGUAGGAGUCUAUCUCCUGUAUUGGUUGCCUUUUACUAUUGACACUACGAUAGAAAGUCUUCUGGAUUUCAUUACCCCUCCACUUCUCUUUCACAUCCUAAUUUUGUUUGAGUACUUUAAUUCUGUCUGCAAUCCCUUGAUCUAUUUAUUUUCCUUUCAUUAGUUCAGAAAAACUAUGAAACUAGUCUUAACUUAUGGGAUCUUUUGUUUCAGGACAUCUACAGCAAACUUGUACCAGGAGUGA